AUACCAUGCAAGUCAGCAAGAUUUCUUCCUUCGGUUUCCUUUCCUCCAAAGUUCGUUUAAUUAAAUUCCGAGUUGCUCAUACACACACUCACGCAGUAAUCAACUCCCGGAAUUCUUCAAACAGAUUGAAACUUGGAUUUUGUUUGCAUUGAUUCAUUGAAAAGCUCCUGAAGACUUAGAUAAAUCUCUGGAUUUCCAACUAGCCUUACAACAACGUGUUUGAGAUGAAUUGUUAUAGAAUUAAUCCUUCAUUUGAGUGAGUAAUUUGUCACUUUGCGAUGGGGGAUGAGAACCCAAACCCCAUGAAUCUCGGAUCUCAUUCCAGCAUUACUCGAGGUUUAAGUGAAAUUCAUUACCCGGGGACAGAUAACUUGGAGGCCGGCUCCAUGGAUAGUCUCAGAGAAGAACUUGGGCAGGGGAGGCAACCUAGUGACCGUGUUGCAGCUGAUGAAUCGUCUGUGAAUGGGAUUGAGAUUAAACGUUUUGAUGGUAAUAGUCAGUUAUUCAAAAGUAAAGAGGCUUUGGUGAAGAAGGACGAUGAGGAAAAAGGUUCUGCUGAUGCUGCUUUGGGCUGUUUUGAUUGCAGAAUAUGUUUGGACUUAGCUAAAGACCCUGUUGUGACUUGUUGCGGCCACUUGUUUUGCUGGCAUUGUAUCUAUAGGUGGCUAAGCUUCCGGUCAGCUGCCUCCAAGGAGUGUCCAGUAUGUAAGGGAGAGGUGUUGAUAAGUAGCAUUACCCCAAUCCAUGGCCGUUUGGGGACUAAUGAUCAACAUCCUAAAACCUUUACAACUUCGAAGAUCCCUCCUAGGCCUGCGGCGCGUCGUGUAGAAAGCUGGAAAGAGGCAUUUCAAAGGAUGCUUUUUUCAGUUCCUACGGAAGAUUUAGUUCGGCGCCUUGGACGUAAAAUAGACUUGAAUGCAGUACAUCCACAACAUUUUGCUGAUGCUUCUUCACAAGGGUCGUCUGAGAAAACUAAUCUGGUGCUCAACUGGAUACUGACAUCGAAAGGAAGGCGUGGAGAACAGAAUUACACACUCUCACCAAGUGAUGCAGUUGAUUUCUCACCAAUCAGUCCCGCAUCAAAUUCAAAUACAGCUGGUACAUUCUCUGAUAUAUCAUUAAUAGGGUCAGAAUUUCAUGGCAAUCCACUGGAUAGAAAUCAGGAACAAGAACUGCAUUUCCUAGCUGUUGAUGAUGAUAGGGAUGAUGAAUUUUCAAGGAUUGCUGCAGAUAUCCACUCAGACCAGACGCUGGAAUCUGCCGCGGAAUUUGAUUCUGGAACCACCAGAAGAUCUGACAAUGCUUUAACUGUUCCAGAAGCGGACAACGAAAAUUCACGACCCUUUAGGCGGAGGAGGUUGAGUUGAGUUUAAGUUUGACUCCUGUUUAUGCUGGCAGCCUCUCAAAUUUUCAAUCUAUAUUCUCACUGUCCUAUCAGAUCCUGGUUGUGGCAGUCUGGCAGUGUUGUUAAAAGUUUGAAAGUAGCUCCUCUGUUCUGCCUUUUAGUGUUCGGAAAAACAAUUUGUUUUAAACAAAUAGAACAUGAAUCGAAAGGUAGAUAAUGUUCAUGAGCUUCAAUUUAGGACUUGGAUUUGGUGGAUUUGGCUUUGAUUGCCCUGUUACGAGAACGUAAGUUCUGCAUUGAAUGAAUUUGUUUAAAUUACAGAAAUAUUGAUGAGCAGCAGUUCGUUGGCUCAGUUAUAUGUCCUGCAUUUCAAUCAUUCAUUAUUAUAGAGGUGAUUUUCUGGUGAUGCUC